AUGCCUGGUCCUAUUACAUUUUUCUCUUUAGGUGCUGCUGGUGCCACUGCUUAUUAUGUCAACCGCCGAAACUCAAUGACUUCUGAUACUUCUCCUGUAGACAAUGCUAAUAUGACACCAAUUCAAGUUGCUAGAAGACGUUCAAGCACUGUGAUCCCUGAUCAUGAUUGGCCAGCUCAUAAACAAGCUGAAUAUCUCUGGCGUCGUAAUAAUGGAGCUAGCUUCAGUCAUAACUCAGAGCCUAAGUAUCCUACCAGUUUACAAAACAAAGACCUUCAACAAACCUCCAAGUAA